AUGCUCCCCUUACUACCUGGAGAACUCCUCCUGUGUAUAGCUGAAAAGCUCCAGAGCACCGCCGACAUCAACGCCCUCGCCCGAACAUCCACCUAUUGCUACACCCUCCUAAACCCCUUUGUUUACCGCUAUGAUUCCAAGUCCAGCCACUACAGCAAGGCCCUGGUUUGGGCCGCGCGCAAGGGCACCGCAGGAACCAUGAGACAUUGGCUCGAGGCCUCACACUCGGUAACUAUAGCUUCAUCCAUGACGACGACGACCAACACCAUCACACAAGCCACCGCCGCCGCCGAGGCUUUACCAAAAGCCGCCAGCCACGGCUAUGAAACUAUUGUGCGCCUCCUCCUUACCGUCGACGGCAUCCCAAUCAACCGACGGAAUGACCGCGGCCAGACAGCCCUGGCACGAGCAGUAGACCACGAGACAAUCGCGCGGAUCCUUCUCGCCCACCCAGGCAUCGAUCCAAACGCCAGCGAAUCCGACGGGACUACCCCGCUCUGGCGGGCUCUGCGGAGAUAUCGACUCCCUACCCUGCAACUGCUGUUGGCCGCUGACGGAAUAGAUCCCAACAUGUGGAGCGAUGGGAAUGAACGGAGCGAGACCAUUCUGUGGUGGGCGACACGUCACGGAUCCAUUGAUGCGGCACGAUUGCUUCUCGCGCAUCCGCAGCUCGACCCGAAUCGACAUCAUGCAGAACCGCCCCUGUGGUGCGCGGCACGCGAUGGAAACGUAGCCAUGAUGAGACUGCUCCUGGCGGAUGAUCGGGUGGAUCCCAACCUGUGGAACGCGUCCGGGUCGACCCCGCUGGGAGUCGCGGCGUACAACGAGCUGGAGCCGGUCGUUGACUGUCUACUGGCAUACACUGGGGUCGAUGUGAAUGCGACCGAUUGCAAAAGCAACGAUACGCCGCUGAUGAUUGCCGCGCGCCGAGGAUACGACGGGGUUGUUGCACGGCUGCUGGCCUGCGCUGCCGUCAAGGUCGAUGCGACCCACGAGGAUGAUGGGGAUACUGCCCUCAGUCGAGCAGCGCAGAGUGGGCGGGAAGCUGUCGUUCGCAUGCUACUUGCCACUGGUGAGGCCAACCCCGACCACAAGAAUCACGGAGGCGUGACGCCGUUGUGGGAUGCGACCCAUCGUGGUCACGUUCCUGUCAUCGAAGCGCUACUUGCAACUGGGGUUGUCGAUACGGAGAUCACGGGGGCCAGCGGAUACACCCCGCUCCUGAUGGCCACCGAGGCGGGUAAUAUGGGUGCGGUGGAGCUACUCCUUGCUGCCGGCGCCAAUCCCGACUUCACUGGCCCUUGGAAGGUAACUCCCAUCUCCAUAGCCGUUCGUGCUGGUUACAUGAGCAUCGUGCGUCUCCUCCUGGCCACGGAGAGGGUAAAUGUGAACUGCCAGAAUCUGAGGGGACUGACCCCUUUGAUUGCAGCGGGUGAGCGUGGGAACCUCGAGAUCGUAAGGUUACUGCUGGAUGCGAAGAAUGUGGACCAAAACAUGAUGGAUUUUGAAGGGCAGACACCGCUGGCGUUGGCAGAGAAAAACGGAGACGAUGACAUUGCCAACUUACUCCGAGACCACGGCAGCGCAAAUCUGAUCCAGAAUAGAAAGAUCUUGGGAUUCGUACCUCGAGAAAGGUCUGUUCGAAGUGAUGCAGCAGACGGUUAG